UGUAAAGAAACAAACAAAAAGUUUGACAAGCCCCAUCAGUCACGUUUAUCGGUUUCCAUACAUAAUACAUUGCUUUUCUCACCUCCCAAAGCUCCCAAGAAAACUCUCCUUUUCAUGGCGUUACUGUCAUCCAUCCACAUAUGACAUAACCAAUAAAGCUUAACAGUAAUCAAUCUCCAGUUCAACCCAAUUCUCUCUCGAUCCACAUUGCUAGCUUAUGGAUCUCAAAACCUCCAACUCCAACUACCUUCAACCUUCUCAUGGGGGAGUAGUAGGAGUCAGGAAAGGGAACCCAUUUGUGGAUGGCACAUCUCUUGAUCCUCUUUCUAAGCUCAAUCUCAAGGAAACCUCCGACUUCGUUAAGUCAUUUCCGGCUAACAAAGGCGGCGGCGGCGGUGGAGGAGCUGCAGGUAACAACAAGAGAAAUGUGGUCGAAGCUCCAUCGACACCGGGUCGACCCGUAUUCAGCUUCAGUGUUGGGAAUAAUACGUCCAGAAAGAACUUCGUCCCCUCAAAAUGGAAUGACGCUGAAAAAUGGCUUGUUUCGGACCAUGAAUCCACCACUCAUCAUCACCAUCUAAAUGGUUUUGUAAAGUCUGCAGAUUUUGUAUCCAGAAAAUCUAGUAGUAGCAGUAAUGGAAGUCAUGUAACCAAACAACAGAUAAAAGUUGUAUCGGAGAAACCAGCGGAAAAGGCUUCAAUCUGUCAAGAACACCGCCAUCAUAAUGGGAAUGGGACCUCACCUUCAGAAUCUUUUGAUGUUCUAAAAGAUAAAUUCACAAACGAAGUAGUACGCAAUUUCCCGAAACUGGAAUGUUCGGAGCCAUUGAACGAAAGCUUCCUAUUCAAAGAUCCUUCUAGCAGAGACAUCGGAACGGAGAUGACUCCUCUUGGGAGCUCCACCACUUCACGAUGCCCGACGCCGUUCAAAAGCUUGUCACCACCGCGACACAACACACCUGCAAGUAGGUCAGGCCCAUUGGAUCCAAACAUCAAAAGCUCCUUUGACAAUAUUGGAGGAUUACAAGAUUUGAAUUUAGCUAAAUUCAAGCUAGGAACACCUUUUGAUUUGGUUGUUUCAAACUGGAGCUCCAGGGAGGAGGAAGAAGAGGAAAUUUCCAAGAGCUUGAGACACUUUGAGAUGAACUAUGAAUGUCGAACAAGCAUUUCAGAGCCUCGACCUUCUGUUUGGGAAGAAGAAGAGAAGACUAAGUGCUGUUUAAGGUACCAAAGAGAAGAAGCAAAAAUUCAAGCUUGGGUGGAUCUCCAAAAUGCUAAAGCAGAAGCUCAAUCAAGAAAGCUUGAGGUAAAGAUUCAAAAGAUGAGAUCAAAAUUUGAGGAGAAGAUGAUGAGAAAAAUGGCAUUGGUUCAUAGAAAAGCUGAGGAGCUAAGAGCAGCAGCUCAGAUUGAGCACACUGAGCAAAUUGAAAAAGCAACAACAGAGCAAGCCAAGAAGAAGACGAUAAACCAGCAUCAAAACAUGCAUUUUUCUGGGCACAGCGGCUCUUGUGGUUGCUUCCCUUGUAAUAAUCUUCAUCCUUAAUUAGAUGAACCAUUGAUGUUUUUUGUUUGCGACAUUAUACAUGUAUUUUUUUUUAAAUCUUUCACAGAUAGUAAAAGAUGACUGAAUUAAUGCAAUUGCCCAGUGACUCUGAUGAACAAAUGGUAACAA